AUGACUCCUGUCAACUAUGUCGCAACCUCUAAUGAAGAUGUACAGCUUAGCGUUUUGCACCGACUUGAUGUUGAUGGAGCUUCGUUUAUUUUGUCGUCUUCCGGAUCACGGUUGGUUGUCUUUGACGUUGAGCAGUCAAAGAUCAUUUUAGUCAACGAUUUGGGGGAAGAGAUACAGUGUUUUUGUGUAUGUGCGGCAGAUGUUUUUGUCAUAUUUCGAAAUUUGCCGAUACCGCGCAAGUACACUCUUUGCGACCGUGAAAUGGUCGUCAAAAAGUUGCUCGCCAAGUCUCUCGCUAUUCAGUCGGCUAAAUUUGUUCUUCAAUGGAAAGAUUGUUUAUGGCCCGAUAAAGUUAUAAAUCAAAUUGCGGACUCUCUCUCUAAAAGUUGUGGAAAACCACAAGUCGUACGGUUACGAGCAGAACUGUUAGAGAUUAUGGAGAGACAGAAGUCGGAUUAUGAUAAUGAUGGGCGUAGUAAAGCUGUUGCAGCUUCGAAUCAACCUCUUUGCAUACGUUUACCGUCAGGAAUUCAUCGAGUUGUAAAUAAUAUGUCCGAUCAUAUCGAUGAAGCUCCAACGGAGCAUGUAGUUCCUCCGAAAACGCGCUUUCGGAGCAGAAGUUGCGCAGGAAACAGGUGAGA